GCUUCGCGCGGCCGGAGCCGGGCCCCGCCGUGCCGCAGGGGCUGCUCCGCGCGGCCCGCAAGAGCGGCCAGCUCAACCUGUCGGGCCGGAGCCUCGGCGAGGUACCUCAACACGUAUGGCGGAUAAAUCUGGAUACUCCAGAGGAGGCCCAUCAAAAUCUCUCUUUUGGUGCUGCGGAUCGCUGGUGGGAGCAAGUAGAUCUGACCAAGCUGAUUUUGGCCUCAAACAAGCUUCAGUGUCUGUCAGAGGAUGUCAAACUUCUGCCUGCUCUCACGGUGCUGGACGUACAUGAUAAUCAGCUGACAUCUCUUCCCGCUGCAUUAGGACAUUUGGAAAAUCUUCAGAAACUUGAUGUCAGCCACAACAAACUGAAAACUAUCCCAGAAGAAUUAAUGAAGUUGACACGUUUGAAGGGCCUUCUGCUUCAUCACAAUGAACUCAGUUAUCUGCCAGAAGGAUUUGGACAGCUUGUCAAUUUAGAAGAAUUAGAUCUUUCCCACAAUCAUCUUACAGACAUUCCAACAAGUUUUGCUUUGCUCAUUCAUUUGGUGCGACUCAACGUGUCUUAUAAUCAACUCAGGAGCCUGCCUGCAGAUAUCAGUGCAAUGAAAAGCUUAAGACAACUGGAUUGUACUAAAAACUACCUGGAAACUGUACCUUCUGAAUUGGCAAGUAUGGUGUCUUUGGAACAACUUUAUCUGAGAAAAAAUAAAUUACGUCACUUACCAGAAUUUCCUUCAUGCAAAUUACUGAAGGAAUUACAUGCUGGUGAAAAUCAAAUCGAAAUUUUAAAUGCUGAGAAUCUUAAGCACCUGAAUUGUCUCUCUGUAUUGGAACUUAGAGAUAACAAGAUAAAAUCUCUUCCUGAUGAAAUUACUGUGCUUCAGAAUUUGGAACGUCUUGAUCUAGCCAACAAUGAUAUCAGUAGAUUGCCAUAUACCUUGGGGARUCUUCCUCAGCUGAAAUUCCUGGCAUUAGAGGGAAAUCCUCUGAGAGCCAUUCGAAGAGACCUUCUGCAAAAAGGAACCCAAGAACUUCUGAAAUACCUAAGAAGCAAAAUCCAAGAUGAUGUAGCCAGCCCAAAYGAAGAGCCUCCUGCCACAGCCAUGACUCUUCCAAGUGAGUCAAGGAUAAACAUGCAUGCCAUAACUUCACUAAAAUUACUGGAAUACAGUGAGAAACAGGCAGCUGUGAUUCCUGAUGAAGUGUUUAAUGCAGUCAGAAGCUAUCCUGUCACCACUGUCAACUUCAGCAAAAAUCAGCUCAGUGAAAUUCCUGCAAGAAUUGUCGAGCUGAAAGACUCAGUUGAUGAUGUCAACCUUGGCUUCAAUAAACUCUCAUCUAUUUCCCUGGAGCUUUGCACGCUUCAUAAAUUGACACAUUUGGAUAUCAGAAAUAAUUUUUUGACAUCAUUACCUGAGGAAAUGGAGGCACUGACAAGACUGCAAAUAAUAAAUCUUUCCUUUAAUAGGUUUAAAGUAUUUCCCAGUGUCCUUUAUCACCUCCUGGCCCUGGAGACUGUCCUGCUCAGUAACAAUCAGGUCGGGUCCAUAGAUGCUCUGAAGCUGCAGAAGAUGGACAAGCUUGGAACCCUGGACCUUCAGAACAAUGACCUCCUCCAGGUGCCACCAGAACUGGGAAACUGUGAGACUCUGAGGACCCUCCUGUUAGAAGGAAAUCCCUUCCGCACGCCYCGUGCAGCUGUUCUGGCCAAGGGAACGGCCGCAGUGCUGGAAUACCUGAGAAGCCGAAUCCCUGCCUAGUGCAGCUGUUUGUUUCCCUCUUGGGCUGGUGGAUCCCGCUCCUCGCUGACCACACACUGAGCACUCAACUGCCUCCCUCCGUUAGCAACGAGAACUCUGUUAAGCUGAUAAAGCUGCUGCCAUAAAGCCUGUGAAAAUGGGAUUUAGAGUUUGGAUGGUAAAAAGGAAGAAGUUGCUCAUGAAAUAUUUUUCCCUCCAAGGUUGCACGUUUUGAAUUUUAAAAUGCCAYAAUAGUUUUGUUGGCACUUUUUGUAAUAAGGUAUUGUGUUGAAAGCUAGGUUCAGUAGUAAUGUUUUUCUACAAAUAAAUUAAAAAAAUAAAAUUAAACACCAAAGUAUUUGAGCAUAAAUAAGAUAUAAAUAAACUUUUUGCCCCUCCUCCCCUUUUUUUGAUGCCUGUUUUAUAAAUAUUUGCUACACUGUCUUCUAUAAAGUUUUGGUCCACUGUUGCCUCAAGCAGUUGGCUCCUGGUCAGUGUGUUAAAGCGCUCGAGGCCUUAACCUGCACGUUACGGUGCCGCUGC